ACCCCCGCCAUCGCAGCCACCAACUACCCUGCCCCCUACUACUCGACCUCCUACCACGCGUCCACCGACUACCCAACCCCCUACUACACAGCCACCAACUACCCAGCCCCCUAUUACCCAACAUCCUACAACUCAACCACCAACUACCCAACCCCCGACAACGCAGCCACCAACUACCAAACCCCCGACUACCCAACCUCCUACCGCCUGGCCACCUACCACCCAACCACCUACUACCCAACCUCCUACAACUCAACCUCCUUCCACCCAACCCCCGACAACACAGCCACCAACUACCCAGCCCCCUACUACACAGCCACCAACUACCCAACCCCCGACAACCCAGCCCCAUACUACUCAACCUCCUACCACUCAACUUCCUUCCACUCAACCCCCGACAACACAGCCACCAUCAACCCAGCCCCCUUCUACUCAACCUCCUACGACUCAACCUCCUUCUACUCAACCUCCUACCACCCAACCACCGUCAACGCAGCCACCAACCACACAGCCCCCUACUACUCAACCUCCUACCACUCAACCCCCUUUCACCUACCCCCCGACUACACAACCCCCUACCACGCGUCCGCCGAUUACCAAACCACCUACUUCUCACCUACCAACUACCCAGCCCCCUUCUACUCUACCACCUACCACUCAACCUCCCACCACUCAACCCCCAACAACACAGCCCCCUAUGACACAUCCACCAACUACCCAACCCCCGACAACUCAACCUCCUUCUACUAAACCUUCUACCACCCAACCCCUGACAACACAACCAGCAACUACCCAACCCCCUACUA